GAGAACAUAGACGCAUAUUGGUUCGGUCUUUGCUUUUGAAUCAUGAUACCUUUGAGAUAUUUCAUUAUUGGAAUGGCAGGCAUUCUCCUUUCAGAUUGGGUACAGUGUACUCCACUGCAAUCAUUGGAAACUCCACUAAAUAACCUGAAGAAACACUUUAAUAUAAAUCAUCCUGAGGUUGGUGAUGGAGGGGCGAAGUUUACUACAAUAUUUCGGAAAUAUAAUUCAAAGACGAUUGAAUCAGGCAUUAUGCUGAAUGCCAUUGUGAGAUGGUAUUUAGAUUUAUUUGAAAAUAUGAAACCUUCCCAGGACAAGGAAACCAAGGAAUCCAUUAACAUUUUAGCUAAUGGCUUGCAAGAGUGGUUGAGAACUGACAAAUACUUCUCCCUUCUCAAUGAUAUCAAGGAAUUAGAGAACGUCAAGCGAGAUGACUAUCUGAUACCCACACCAAGGAGUAUUAUCAAUGAUCUAACCGAGUACCUUUUGAACGGCAGGGAAAUAUCUGAACGCAGGCUGAUAAAGUUUGCUGUAACUAGUGGCCGGUUUCUACCACAUCUUUGCGAAUUUGUGAAUAUGACAAGCAUUGGCAAGUGCAAUGUUUUGAAGAAGGCACUGAGAUUCUAUGGGCAGUUCUUGAAAAGAUAUGGACAAAUCCCAUUCCUCUCUGCAGACGUUCGAAGGGAUCUGAAGAAAAUCAAAGAUUACACCCAAAAUAUCAACUCAAAGAUGGAAUGUGGUCUUUUGCUUUGA